AUGAAGCUUGGAUGGGAACCUCGCACCUCGACACGCCUAAGGCCCUGUAUGCAAGAACUGGUCGUCAAUGGGGGUAUGUCUUCUAUGCCACUUAUGCUACACUUUGUGCUGAAUCGAACCGCCACUAGCGCUUUGUCCAUGAGUCAAAACAUACCAGUGCUCAGCGACCAUACAAAUGACCCUGGUGUUAAUGAUACUAUGGACUACUCGUUGAUUGACGAGCUAGGCAACGAUGCUCUGCUGUUGAUCAGCGUCUAUCCUUAUACGUACCCGGCUGGAACAUCAUGGACAGCGAUUCAAGACUCUGAUAUACAAGCUCUUGUGGACCAAUGUGCCUUGUACAAUAAGAAGGGGAGAAGAGUGAUCAUUCGAUUUGCUCCAGAGAUGAACGGCAACUGGUAUCCUUGGGCACUGCAACCUACUGCCUUCGUUGCUACCUUUAGAAAGCUUGCCUUGCUGAUACAAGCUCAAGCACCACUCACCGCCAUGAUGUGGUCCCCUCAGAUCAGUGGUUACGGUGGUUAUACGCCAACGAGCUCGACGGGCCCUACAAGCGCUGCAGACUUGGCCGCCAUGGAUACAAACAAGGAUGGUGUUUUAGAUGGCAGAGAUAACCCAUAUACCCCAUUCUGGCCUGGAAGCGACGUCGUAGAUUGGGUUGGGUCCAGCAUGUACGAUUUCGGCAACUAUGACAGCAGUAAAAAUGCCUACGUCACGAACAACUUGCCAUCCCCAAGCUUCUUUGAGGAUGCUUUGACGGGAGGCUUGGUCCCGUUCUAUAACUACGUUCUAAGUUUGGGCAAGCCUCUUGCAAUCACAGAGUUUGGAAAGCCAUUUUAUCUCGAAUACUAUGGAAGUGGCUACGGCGGCCCAGGUACCCCAAUUCCUGCAGGACCAGGAAACUUGGCAAUGAAGCAAGCGUUUUGGUCCCAAGCCAUUACCAACAAGGCCAUGCUGGCCAAAUACCCGAACGUCAAAUUCUUUGGACUCUUUGAGAGCGAGAUUCAAACUCUCCGUGACUUUCAAUUUUUGAAUGAUCAGACUGAUGGCGGAUCAGUCAUGAGAGCCUUCUUGUCUGAUAUUGAUAACAGUGGGGUCAACGUAAUAUGGGCCAAUUCCACGAAUGGAACAUCUUCAUUUGGCGGACAAACCACAACAACGACAGCUGCUGCCACGACAACUCGUGGGAUACUUACCAUAACUCAAGCGCCCUCUAGCUCAUUCUCCGUGAGACAAGUUAACAUUAACGCUGGCCUCCUUAUAUCCAUACUCAUAAUGAUGAUUCCCGGAUCUUUCUAA